AUGCAAGCCCAGAGGGACAACCCUUCCCUGCGAUGGUCACUAUCGCUGCUGCUGCUGCUGGGCCUGGUGUUGCCCUUAGUGUUCUCCCAGACCCUCAGCUACAGGGAGGCUGUGCUCCGUGCUGUGGAUGACUUCAACCAGCAGUCCCUGGACACCAAUCUCUACCGCCUUCUGGACAUGGAUUCUCAGCCCUCAGGGGAUGAAGACCCAGAUGCCCUCAAUUAUAUGAGGUUCAGAGUGAAGGAGACAGUGUGUGACAAAGCAACGUAUCAGACACCUGAGCAGUGCAACUUCAGGGAACACGGGCUGGUGAAGCAGUGUGUGGCGACAGUCAACCAGGGCACAGAUUCUUUUACAGACAUCAGCUGUAAAGGGCCUGGGACACAGCCCCAGCAGUUCAAGAACGUUGGCAGGAUUGCUGGACUUCUCCGAAGAGGUGGGCUGAAGAUUGGUGAAAAGAUUCAGAAACUUGGCCAGAAAAUCCGGGAUUUUUUUCAGAAAAUUACACCUGAGGUAGAGAAGUAG